AGUUCAGUUCGUCGAGCUCAACCUCAAACUCGAACCCGUUUUGCGCAGCGGUGAAUGAAAAAAAAUCAGCAAAUCAAAUCCAAACAAGACUCAAGACUGUUAGUUGCUGAAAUUCUUCAUCAUCAUCUUCUUCUUCUUUCACUCUCGCUUUGCUUGCUUUUGCUCUCUCCGUACACACAGCGAUCCCUCCGAUGGUCAAUUCAUCAGCACUCUGGACAUGAAAGAAAGGAACUCCACUUCCACCCUCAAGCGCAUUUUAGUGAAUUGUUCAGCCCAGGCAAAAGAAUAUGGGGGUUGUGUUGCAGCCAAGGUUCCAGAAGUUGAGCGUGAUAUGUGUUUGAAAGAAUUUCUUGCCCUAAAGACAUGCAUGCUGAAAACGCUGCAAGGAAAGGUUUAACUUUGUAGUCUGCAUUAUCACUGUGUUGAGGCAUAUGUUGAAUACUGCAAGCACCAACUGUGAAGUUUGGAGGCAGUGGUCAAAAGCAGCAGAAAAGAGUGUACUUUGAGUGCAUAAGCUUUCUUUUAGGAUUGUUAGCAGCAAUAUUUGCGAUACAUUGCCUUCUCCAAGUUAAAAGGUGACUAGGGGAGAUGUCUGGGAAAGCAUCAAGUUCACAGUCUAGUGUUGGUUUGAGCAGAUCUAGUGCCUUGUCACAUGUUUAUAUUCAGUAUCCACCCUUACGAUGCAACGUUCCUGGAUCAAGAGGUUUAUUCUAUGAUGAUGGAAAUAAGUCAAUACUCUCCCCAACAUCUGAUCAGGUCUUCUCAUGGAAAACUGUACCCUUUUCUCCUCUUGUUGCUCCUACCUCUGAUUCAAUAAGUGAGGGGCCCAUCUUAUCUAUUCGGUAUUCUUUAGAUGCAAAGUUUAUAGCGAUCCAACGAUCUAAUCAUGAGGUGCAGUUUAGGCAUAGAGAAACUGGGGAGACUUUUAGUCAGAGGUGCAGGCCAGAGUCAGAGAGUAUUCUGGGGUUCUUUUGGACAGAUUGUCCAUCAUGUGAUAUUGUAUUUGUAAAGACCAGUGGGCUGGACUUAUUUGUGUACAAUUCUGAGUUGAAAUCACUCCAAUUGGUAGAGACAAGGAAAUUGAUUGUUAGUUGGUAUGUUUACACGCAUGAAAGCCGCUUGGUUCUUCUUGCUUCUGGAAUGCAGUGCAAGACCUUCAAUGGAUUUCAGCUUUCAUCUGCAGGGGUUAUUCGCUUGCCAAGGUUUGACAUGGCAAUGGCUAAAUCUGAGGCUAACAGUAAGCCUGUCCUAGCUGCUGAAGAUAUCAAUAUUGUCACUGUCUAUGGUAGAAUAUACUGCUUGCAAGUUGAUAGAGUUGCGAUGCUCCUCCACUCAUAUAGGUUUUACCGUGAUGCUGUCAUACAACAGGGUUCUUUGCCGAUUUAUUCAAGCAGGAUUGCUGUGAGUGUGGUUGAUAAUGUAGUGCUUGUUCACCAAAAUGAUGCGAAGGUUGUUAUUCUGUAUGACAUAUAUGCAGAUUCUCGGGCACCCAUAUCUGCCCCACUCCCCCUGCUGUUGAGGGGUUUCCCCAGAUUUAAUACCUCUGUUUCUCAAUCUAGUAGGGAAGAUAGUGGAAGUUCAGAGGCUAAUGUUGUACCUGACAAUGAAGCAGUCAUAUAUGGAGAUGACUGGACUUUUCUCGUUCCCGAAUUCAUAUGCGAUGUUGCCAACAAGUUGCUGUGGAAGAUUCAUUUAGAUUUGGAGGCAAUUUCUGCCAGUAGCUCAGAAGUGCCAUCAGUACUAGAGUUUUUGCAGCGCCGGAAGUUGGAAGCCAAUAAGGCUAAACAAUUGUGCUUGGCAAUAGCACGCACUGUUAUUCUAGAACGCAGUCCUGUGCCCAUGGUUGCCAGAGCAAUGGAUGUUUUAGUUACCUCUUACUCCCACUCUGUCAAAACAGGCAGCUAUCUUAAGGGAAUAAAAUCUGAGAAGACAUCCCCUUCUAGUGUGCCGCAUGUUAGUAGUCCUAGAUCUGGAGCUGAUGUAUCUGCCAGUAGAGUAGAUGCACUUGAAAAGUCUGUUAAACAUGCAUCUGCUGCUGGAGUGGACAAUGAGUAUGCUUCAGACUCUGAGGAGAAUCCAAGCUCUGAACCACCAAAGACCAAUUUAAGUGAUCUUCAAAUUUUUGAUGGUAAAGUGGACAAUGAAAAGUUAAUGGGUGCUGAAACUUCUAGUACUGAAGUUCAGCCAACAUCCUUACAACAUCAUCUUCUUGAACCAGGUAACAACCCAUUGAAUGCUAAUGGUUCUGAGCAGCAGGAGGCUCAACUUACUUCACCAGCAAUUUCACCUGAAGAGAUGUACAGCUUUGUGUUUGCUCCUGUUGAGGAGGAGAUAGUGGGAGACCCUUCGUACUUGGUUGCCAUCAUCGUUGAGUUCCUUCACUGUGCUAAUUCUGAAAAGGUUAAAGUACAUCCAAAUCUCUAUGUUUUGACCAUACAAUUGCUAGUGCGCAAUGAGCGAUAUGCAGAACUUGGACUGUUUGUCAUAAACAAGAUUGUUGAACCCUCCAAAGAAGUUGCAUUGCAACUCCUCGAAUCUGGCCGUCAGAAUUUCCAAACAAGGAAGCUGGGUCUGGAUAUGCUAAGGCAGCUUUCUUUACAUCAUGACUAUGUAUUGUUUUUAGUGCAAGACGGUUAUUAUCUUGAAGCUUUACGUUAUGCACGGAAGUACAAGGUCAAUAAUGUCCGGCCUUCAUUAUUUCUUGAAGCGGCAUUUGCUUCCAAUGACUCGCAACAUCUAGCUGCAAUUCUGAGGUUCUUUUCAGAUUUUAUUCCUGGCUUCCAAAACACUUCUGAUCACAUUACAUAUUACCGCAUUCUCAAUGAGAUGAACUCAUCCAUUGCUGCUUGAAGUUUCUGAGUAGCGGUUUAUUGUUGGAAUUGCUGCUCGUUGUUACUGAAAAUGCUUAUUUGCGGGUUUAAAAAAACUCCCUCAGCGAGAACGUGUCAGAUGUGCAAACUUUAAAACUGCAAAAAGUGUGAAAAGUUACGAUUGACAAGUAUGGUUGUGCUCUCCGUCAAGCCAAAAGAGAAACAUGGAGUAUGUCCUAGGUUUUUGUCAUAAGCCACUGUACUGUUGGGAAGGACUUUCUGUUAGAACAAGUUUUCUACUAGAAUAAGUGGAACGAUUUCAAAUUUU